AUGAGGCCCCCGCCCCCGAACAAGGGCAAGGCUCCCUUAACCGAUGACGGAGGCCUAUCCGACAGCUCAUCUCAACCAAGCGAUGCCGAAGUCAUCUCCUCUCGAUCUCAAGCAGGAGACGAAAUGCCAAAUCCGACUGUUUCCGCUCAACCCUCGUCUCGAGGCUCUCUGUGGGCCACGCAGGAGAUGCAUGGCGAUAAAUCUGUCAAGCUCGAACAACUUUCACUAGGUCCAGAGCGAGGCAGCAGUACAGACUCAGCCGCGUCUGAUUCCGAGUUUUCUCAUUCGCAGACUGGCCAAAAAUCUUCCUCGCCUCCAGAUUUGACGAUGAAAAAGAAGAAGAAGAAGGUCAAGGAGACGGGCGCUAAUGGACCUGACGCAGUCUAUGCAGCUGCGCUGGGGGAAGACGCCAAAAAUCUCUCAUUCUAUGCAGACCAAAAGGUCAAGUCAGAAUUCGCACAGAAUGAGAUUACGGUCCAGCUUGGGCGCCCCCCUGGUCAUCCAUCGCCCGAGAGAUCAAGCGCGAUGUCUGGAGGCGAAACCGAGGGCAGCGCAUCUAAUGUAGAGGAUGAGCCAGAGAAUCAGAACGAAGACCGUACAAAGAAGGUCCAACGCCUAAUAGUUGAUAGGGUCAUGUCCUCGUUCAUGAGUUGGCUGGAUAUCAAGAAGCACGUCAAGCAAGAGGAGGAGGAGGAGGAGGAGCAUGAGAGUGCGUCACAAUUUGAGGAAGACUUGUUUGGAGCUGCCCCUGGCGGCGAUGCUGCAGAUGAUGCUCUCUCCAAGUCCAGUUCAAUGAUGCUAGGAAGUGUUCCUAGUAGCGCGAAGAGCUCUUCCAGAGGACAUGAACUCGAAAGCUUCAUGUUUCGUCAAGUCCCAGCUUCCAGUGCUCCUGCACCUGUUACUCGCCACAGGAACUCGAACAUUUCUCUCCCACCGCCGCCGCCGCCACGAGCUGCAUUUGGAGCACUGGCUCCGUUUAUGCCACCGCCGCCAGCGGGAAGAGAGUCGCAAAUUUCUGCGACUUAUGUGCCAAGUUCCGAUUCAAUGGUAGAUUUUGCGGGGAUACCGCCACUGGCAUCAGCGGCACAAGCACCAGUCCCAGGACUCAUACCACCGCAGCAGGUGCAGUCGCGAUCGGGCUACACUGUUAGGAGCGCAAGCGAGGUCAAAGAAUUCAAAAGUUCUAGCAAACGAAGUGCUGCUCCAGCACGCAUACCGCAACCUUUUUGCUUCGAUUCAAAAGGGUCUGAAACUAUAAGAGCAUCCGGACGCUCGCACCGGGCAAUAGCUUCACGACAACCACCAGCAGAGCAAGGGGCGGGUGGCACCAGCAAAUUGACUUCUAUGCUCAAAAACGGGAUCAAUGAAAGACACAUACUCGGAAGGGUGAGUAAGAUGAGACCCCCGUCGAGAAAACACGACAGGUCUACAGACAGCCAAGCGCCGGGCGAAGGAGAAGAAGAGGGCGAUGAGGAUGGACUGCCCCGAGCGAAACUGUCCAAAGUGCAGGAAGACACGAUUGAGGGCGCAAAACUUGCGUGUCCCUUCUUCAAGUACAACCCAAGGAAGUACAAAUCCCAGCGACCAUGCUGCGGUCCAGGCUGGGACCAAGUCCACCGUAUCAAGGAGCACAUUUAUCGCAAGCACUCUCUGCCAAAGUUCUCGUGCCCACGAUGCUCUCAGUCUUUCGAGACCCAACUGGCUCUGCAAGCCCACGCCCGCUCGCUGGACGCCUGUGACGUACGCGAACCGGAGGUCUUGGAUGGCAUCACGCAGGAUCAAGAGAAGAAGCUUCGUUCUCGGAAGAAGACGUCGGUCAAAGAACUCACCGAAGCGGAGAAGUGGAUUCAAGUCUACCGUAUCCUCUUCCCCGACGUGAGAGAGCGGGAAAUUCCGUCACCGUACCAUAAUGCAGAGGACGCCGAGACGAAUCUGGGAGGCUACGAAGAUUAUCUUCGCCGUGAACUUCCACCGCUGGUCCGCCGACAGCUUGAAAAAGAGGUCGAGCGUGAGCUGAGUUUCGUCGAGGAAGGGAUGAAGCAAAAGGUCAUCGACAUUGCUCGAAAUCUCCAGCUCACGCUGUUCAAGGGCUACCAACAGCUUGAGAACCAAGAGAGAGGACUGCAAGAACCGCUGAGUGUUGAUGCGUCUUCAAGCUCCCAGAUGGCAGCGUCUUUCUUCACGGCGACCGACGCUUCGCCGUCAACCAUGACGACUGGCGGCACAACGCCAGAGAUUCCGGAUCCGUUGGACAUAUUUGGUGAUCCCGCUAUUCCGGACUUCGACUUUGGUUUUCUUGCCGAUAUUCCUUAUCCAGAGUCGCAGUCGCCCUCUAAGGGGCAGAAUUUGGGCUUGGAGUUCAAUCAGUCUUUUGCAACUCAAGAACCGGCUACGAUCACACCUGGGAUGGAGUUGCUCAGGGCACAGCAACACGAUCUGCCAUACUACGGACUAGAAGGCUACCAAGAUCCAAAUAGCCAGAGGAUAGACGCGAGCGAGGGUGUCGGUUCGCAACGAUGUCAUAAAGCUGUCGUAUCAAGCCUAUGGGCAUCCCACCAUAGACAAUGGUUUAUUUCGCUGCAGCCCCGGCCCAAAUCUAAGGCACGGGGUCCCGGGUGGCAUGCCGCUUGUUUCCUCCCUGCUCUGAGCCAGCCGGAACUGAAAUCGUCAUCGAGCCCUGUAAACGUCUCAAGCAUUUCGAAAUCCAGCAAAAUGGGUAGCGCAUUAAGCAAUAUGUUCCCGCCAAAGGCCAGCUUCACCGAAGCAAAUUUGCCCGAUCAGAGCGACAAGGUUUUCAUUGUCACAGGAAGCUCAGGUGGCCUCGGAAAAGAACUUACCAAGAUCCUUUACCAGAAGAACGCCAAGAUCUACAUGGCGUGUCGGUCUGAAGCCAAGACCGCAGCCGUGAUCAAGGAGCUGAAGGAACUGUAUCCCAAUUCUCACGGCCAUGCCGAGUACCUCCAUCUGGAUCUGAACGACCUGACCACAAUCAAGCAAUCCGCCCAGGAAUUUCUUAGCAAGGAAACUCGUCUUGACGUCCUCUGGAACAACGCCGGUGUGAUGACCCCACCGCCGGGUUCCAAAACUGCCCAGGGCUACGAGCUGCAACUGGGCACCAACAAUCUCGCUCCAUUCCUCUUUACCCACUUCCUCCGCCCAGUGCUAUCCGGCACGGCAAAGGUUGCACCCAGAGACUCCGUCCGAGUUGUCUGGGUAUCCUCUAGCACGGCGGCCAUGGCACCGAAGCCGCCAAUCGACUUUAGUAAUAUGGAUUAUGCAAAGGACGAGGGCCAGGUGCAAAAGUACGCGAGGAGCAAGGCCGGUAACGUCUUGCACGGAACGGAAUUCGCGAGAAGAGUAUCUGGCGAAGGAAUCAUUAGCGUUAGUCUUGACCCCGGGAUUUUUAUGACGGAUUUGCAGCGUACCAUGCCCCUGUGGCAGCGGAUCAUUGUGAAAUUCCUAGCGCAUAAGCCGAUCAAUGGCGCAUACACAGAGCUCUUUGCCGGCUUGAGCCCUACCAUCACGGAGAAGAACAACGGUGGCUGGGUGGUACCGUUUGGUCAACUCGCAGUUGGACGACAGGAUCUCCGCGACAAAGAGCUAGGCAAGAAGUACUGGGAGUGGACGGAGAAACAGCUCAAGCCAUAUACUACUUCGUGA